GUAAAAUACUUAUAAUAUUUAUGAAUUGUUUUAAUAUAAUAACAAAUAUAUAAUUUGUAAAAAAAGAGAAGUAAAUUUUGUAGUAAAAAUAGUAAAAAUUAUAAUUAAAAACAAACUAAAAUUUAUUAAAAUUUAAAAUGUAUUUGUACUGUUUCUUUCAUUUGCUGAUCCGUCCGUAGGGCGGGUCCGGCCCUAGUGACUAAUAUUUGAAAGUUGAUGAUUUUUUUGACUCAAACAUAAGUUGAAGGUUUUUUUGGUUUUAAUUUGAAAGUUCAAGGUUUUAAUGACUGUUUUCUCUUUAAUUAAAGCGUAUAUUUUAAAUUUGUGUCGGAUUAUGUUUUUCUUUUCUUGGAGGGGGAUCAAAUGUGCCACGUGGCAUGUUGCAUGAGAAGUAGUGUGCGUUUCCGAGAAAGAAAACAAAUCAUCGCGCUUCUUCUCCUACCAUACCAAUGUCGCUGCAGAUUCAGACGAUACAUCUUCUAAUCACUUUCUAAAAACAAACAAGACAGAGAACUAGGGGAAACCAAAAUUCGAGAGAAAUGGCUCAGUCGAAACCAAAGGGCGACGCUCCGUUCCGGUUCCCGAAAUGCGAAGCCUCUGUUUUACCCGACCCAUCUCGCUUCUUCAGCAACCAUCUCCUCUCAAACCCUCUUCCUACUAACUCUUUCUUCCAGAACUUCACUCUCGGUAAAGACGACCAACCUGAGUACUUCCACCCUUACCUCAUCAAACCGGCGAAAUCAUCACUCUCCAUCUCGUACCCAUCUCUGUUUCAUAACUCAGACUUCUUCCACGAGGUUUUCAAACCGGACAUUACCAUCUCCGGUUCACCCAUUGACCAGAGUUCCAAACAAACUCAUCAGAUCUCUUCAUUCAGCGAUCUCGGCGUCAAUCUUGACUUCCCUUACUCUAAUCUCAGAUUCUUCCUCGUCAGAGGAAGCCCGUUCAUCACCUUCUCGGUCUCCUGCAACAAGAUCACAAUCUCAACAAGCCACGAGUUCGUGUCCUUUUCCGGAAACAGCUCGUGUACAAAGUACACAGCCAAGCUUAACAACAACCAAACAUGGUUGAUUUACACCACUACGCCUACUAAACUAACCAAAAAAGACAACUCCUCGAUUCAUUGCCGUGGCGAGUUUUCCGGUUUAAUCCGAAUCGCUGUGUUACCUAACUCCAAACCAGAUUUCGAACCGAUCCUCGACCGGUUCAGUCGCUCUUACCCGGUUUCCGGCGACGCUGACUUCACAACGCCCUUCACUUUAGAGUACAAAUGGGAGAAGAGAGGCCACGGAGAUCUCCUGCUGCUCGCGCAUCCUCUUCAUCUAAAGCUAUUGUCAGAAUCAGCCACCGUACUAGACAAAAUCAAAUACAAAAGCAUCGACGGAGACUUAACCGGUGUUAUCGGAGAUUCAUGGGUUCUUAAACCGGACACUGUUUCAAUUACGUGGCAUUCACUCAAAGGAGUGAAACAAGAUUCGUCACGCGAAGAGAUCAUCUCAGCUCUCAUCAAAGACGUUAUCGCAUUAAACUCCUCGUCUCCGGUCUCGUGCUGGUCUUAUCACUACGGGAAAGUGAUAUCGAGAGCGGCGAGGCUGGCUUUGAUCGCUGAAGAAGUCUCAUAUCUCCACGUGAUUCCAGCUAUCGGUAAAUAUUUAAAGGACAUGAUCGAGCCGUGGCUUGACGGAAGCUUCGGACCAAACUCGUUUGUGUAUGAUCCUAAAUGGGGAGGUAUUAUCACAGUCCACGGAUCAAAAAAUGCACGAGAAGAUCACGGGUAUGGGAUUUACAAUAACCACCAUGUUCAUCUAGGUUACUUUCUCUACGCGAUCGCUGUGCUCGUUAAGAUCGAUCCUUUGUGGGGGAAGAGAUACAAAUCUCAUGCGUACACUCUUAUGGCGGAUUACAUGACGUUGGGGAGGAAGUGUGAUGGUUAUGAUUCUGUUUUCCCCCGUUUGAGAUGUUUUGACGUUUUCAAGCUACACUCUUGGGCGGGAGGGUUGACUGUGUUCGCCGACGGGAGGAAUCAGGUGUGUCCGAGCGAGGCUGUGAACGCUUAUUACUCAGCUGCUUUGUUAGGUUUAGCGUAUGGUGACGUUCAUGUUGUUGCGGCGGCUUCCACGAUCAUGUCGCUUGAGAUCCACGCCUCGAAAAUGUGGUGGCAGGUGAAAGAAGAUGACACUAUAUACCCAAAAGAAUUCACUGCCAAGAAUCGUUUGGUUGGGGUAUUAUGGUCAACAAAGAGAGACAGUAGCCUAUGGUUCGGUGAUAAGGAGUGGAAAGAGUGUCGGCUUGGUCAACAGUUAUUACCGUUGAUUCCGGUAUCGGAAAACCUCUUCUCCGAUGUUAAAUUCGUGAAGCAGCUCGUGAAGUGGACUUUGCCCGCGUUGAAGAGAGACGGCGUUGAAGAUGGCUGGAAAGGGUUCGUUUAUGCUUUGGAAAGUGUUUACGACAAAUAUGAAGCUUUACAGAAGAUUCGAGGAUUACAUGAGUUUGACGAUGGAAACUCUCUCAGUAAUCUAUUGUGGUGGGUUCACAGUAGAGACUAGAGACGCUGGUCAUGAAGUCUAGUAAUAAUAAUUAAAGCUAAGAUUCUGCAGUACAAUUCUUAAGUAUUAUCAGACGUGUGUGUGAUCAUGAAGCUAAACAUUUGAUUUGAGUUUAUUAAAAUGUUUUAUUUAAGGAACCUUAA